AUGCGACUCCAGCAGCGAGUAUUUCUUUUCGUGGCGCUUGUGAUAUGGGCCGGGUUCGCACAGAUCUCGGAAGCGGCCCCAGCGGGGAUUAUUAAUCCAGAAUUCCCGUACUGCAAGUGCAAAGCAGCCCCCUCCGCUUACAAGCUCGAUAACAACGCUCGUUUUCAAGGCAACAACACUUACUGCUUUACGGUUGACACGAAGGCUGAGUGCCAUGUUCCGGGCGUGGUGAUGUCGGCCAGCCUCAACGGUGUCCGUACCCAGCGGAGACCCACCUUGGAACGUGCGCCGCAGCAAAGCACUAAUCGCUCCGCCAUCCUGAAGCUCACCGCGUUGGGCCUCAACCUCGCCAACACUGACGGUGCUGAGAUCUGCAUCACCCUCGGCACGAACAGGGCCGGCAGCGGCUGCACCACUAUGGAGCAAUUUACCUCCGCCAACGUCGACGUCACCACUGCCGCCGCCUGCUUUUCCGCAUCCCCUACCUCCUACACCGCCACCACCGCCACCGUCGCUAUCGUUCACGUCGCUACCACCAUCACCGCCACAGUCGGCAUGCGCUACUUUAUCAACCACACUGUCGAAGUUAAUAUCGGUGGCGGCCUCGGAGAUGAUCCACAUAUCUGCUUUACCGGCAACGCAAGGGCAGUCUGCAAUGACCUGGUGUCUUUCCCGUCUUGCAAUUGCACAAGAUUGGAACGCGCGGCACCGCUUGAGGCUGUGCCCCGUUAUACGACUCGGCCAGGCCGGAAGUCUUCUACUGCUCUGCACUGCUUCUCAUUUCCAAAAUUUGAUGCGGAGGAGGCGGCGGCGUCCUGCGCCAACUUCACCACCUUGCACAAGAUUGAGUUCUGGGCCAACGAGACUCUGCGGCGUCACCUGAAAUACAUUGGUGUCAGACCCGGCGACGCCCGUGACAUGACGUUCCGAAGUCCAUCGUGGGGCCCGACUGGCAGCAACACUGCAAAGGCGACGUCUCUGGACUGGACAUUUCAACAGGCGUACGGCGCCGAGAUUUGCCUGGAGCUUCAGAGCAACAUUUUGCUCAACGAGUUCUGCCAGGGUCCCAGGUUCAAUUACUGCUAUUUGGCUAUCCUUGACAUGGCUUCAAAGUGUUGCCCUAUCUACGCUGUUGCCAUAACUGAUGAUGCCCUGCUGGGGAGUUCGAAAUGA